AUGCCAGAUACUGUGCCUGUGCCAACAGUGGCCAUGGCUGGCACGGAUCAAGUCAUGGAUGUCUCCUACGCAAUCCAAGCAUUGGCACCACUCAUGCACAUGCACACCCUGGACUUUGCCGGGACAGGGCAUGACACCUACGUGCACACUGGGCUCCAAGCUCUGGCCUACCUGCGUAACAGGAGUGCGCUUAUCUGGCCGGCGCUGUGGAGCUUGGGCCUGAAGGCGGAGUUAUUGGAGCUCGUCUACAGGCUGCACCUGUCAAUGGCGUACCAGACCAGGCCGGAGUACCAUCAGGCCAUUCUGCUCAUCAACACCCAGCGCAUCCUUGUCCUGGCACCCAACAAUGUUUUCAAUGCGCGCGCCGUCUGCAUCAACCCCUUCAUCGAUCUGAGCACCAAGUACGAUGUUGUGCUGGCGACGACAAAGGCGGCAAAGAGGAACAAUGAUGACGUGGCAAUGAGUGUCCUACUGUGGGAGCUCUGCCAGAUACUGCUGCUGGGAGGGGGCGGGCCCACCUUCAAGAAGUCCAUCAUCGACCACAUCGUCCAUCAUGGGAUCACAUACACUACGCACUCUUGCAGCUGGGGCGGCCAUUUCAUCAUGGGACACAGGAGAGAGGUGAUGUGGCGAUGCGUGGGGGCAGCUGAAGGCCUGAAGGCACAGUCUGAAGGAGACGUCUUCAGCGCCUUUACCUCAGAAGAACACCUGCAAUCCCAAGUCAUCCAUGUCACCUGCGAUGCUUGCAUGCAGCUGACGAGGCCCAGCAAGAUCUCCCGCUGCCAGGCAUGCCUACAGGUCAAGUACUGCUCCACAGAAUGCCAGAUCUUCCACUGGAUGAGAGUGCACAGCACAGAGUGCCCUGCUGGCAACACACUGCCCAUCAUCGAGGAUCUGCAGCAGAAAUGA